AUGGCCCAGCGUGUAGGCCGGCCUGCCUCGACGCUGCGCGCGGCUGGCUGGGGCACCAGGGCCGCCAAGGUGGAGAGCAAGGGGCACCAGGGCCAGGGCACCCGGGCACUGCACGCGGCCGGCCUGGGCGGCGCAUGGGCAGAGGAAGAGAUGGGCAAGUUGAAGAUCACGGUGGACCUGGAGUGCAGCCGCUGCAGCACCAAGAUCCAGAAGGUCCUGUGCUGCAUCCAAGAGCAAUGCGAGUUGGUGAUCGAGAAGGUGGAGUACGAGAAGGACAAAGUUACCGUUUCUGGGCCCUUCGACGCCAACAAGCUCAGCUGCAGCCUCUGGGCCAAGGCCGGUAGGAUCAUCAAGAACAUCGAGGUCGUCAAAGAAAAAGAGCCCGAGCCCAAAGCCAAGCCCAAGCCCAAACCCAAGUGCAAGCUGGUAUACUCUUGCCCUUAUUACCCAAAUCCGUGCCCACAGCCCGGCCCCGGCGCGUGGCCGUGCAGCAGCUGCCCCACGCCGCACUGUGGUUGCCACCAGUCCAAGCCGCCGCUACCGAAACCGCCGGCGUGCCAGUGCCCGCCGUGGUCGUCGCCAUGGUGCUACUGUGGCCACGGCCAGCCGUACAUGCCUCCGCCCAGCCCGCCCAAGCCCGCGCACUACUGCGGCAGCGGCGGCUACCAGUACCAGCCGUGCAUGCCGUCGCCCAUGCCACCACCCUGCCCACCGCCCAUGCCGUACCCGAUGGUUGUCUGCGAGGACAGCCCGCCGACCUGCGCCAUCAUGUAA